AUGGGUCAGUUGCGGCAUGAAGAAUCUACUGAUGACUUUGACAUGCAACUUAUUGGAAACUUUCUGAGCUUUGCUUCGAGGGGUGAUAGAGUAGGCUUGAACCAGAUGCUCAGGAAAGGCAUAUCUCCUAACGUCCAAGACUAUGAUAAGAGGACUGCUUUACAUCUCGCAGCGAGUGAGGGCCACGCUCCUAUCGUUGAGCUUCUUCUUCUUUACAAGGCUGAUGUUAACCUUCAAGAUCGAUGGAGCCGCACUCCCUUGACUGAUGCGAGAAGUUAUGGACACCGAGAUAUUUGCAGGAUCCUGGAAGUGAAUGGCGGCAUAGAUUUCAAAAACGAUCAACCAAUGACGGUUCGACAUGAAUCUGAUUUGAAUGAAGUGAAUAUCGAUAUCACAGAACUUAAUCUUCUGCAUCCUUCUAUUGUCAAACAGGGUCUAUUUGGCAAGUCUGAGAAGGUCAAGUGGCGUGGAACAAUGGUCGUCAAAACCAUAGUUGAGAACCAAAUCUGCCAUCCUGUCAAAAUGAAAUUAUCAGCGAAGGACAACACUCUCUUACGAGAACUCAGGCACCCCAACAUAUUGCAGUUUCUUGGUUCAAUUGUGCAUGGAGAGGAAAUGAUUUUGAUCACUGAAUAUUUACCAAAGGGGAAUCUUGAGGACAUCGUGGAGGGGAAAGUAAGAAUAGAACUGCACACUGCUUUGCAAUAUGCGCUGGACAUAGCUAGGGGAAUGAAUUAUCUCCACCAGCAUAAACCCUUUCCUAUAGUGCACAAUCAUCUCCAUCCCAGAAACCUGUUACAGGACGAAGGGGGACACUUAAAGAUUGGUGAAUAUUGGGUCCCAAUGUUAUAUGAGAAAAUACAACCUAAUCAAGAAACCGGUCAGCAAACUGCAUAUGACAAGCGCAAAUAG